ACACAUUAGAAAUAACUUAAAAGUGAAAAAAUUAUGAGCUUAAAUGCAGCUGGAGAUAACCAAAUCGUAAAAUUUAAGAUAAGUAUACAAAAUUUGAAACAGGAAAUUAAUGAUGGGAACGAUUUUUUAAAAGAAAAAUGUGGAGAAAUAAAUAUAACAAAUAAUGGAAUAUUUGAAAUAAAAUGUUCAUUAUGCGGCAUAUAUUUUACAAAUGUAAGAAGUUUUGCGAAACACGUACUGCAGAAUCAUUACCAUUGCAAUAAUGAUUCUACUAUAGACGCUUUUAUGGAACUAAAUCACCAUAAUACAAUUGAUAUGACCAAAACUGAAAGUCACCAAAUUCUGCAGGAUAAAAAUUUAAGUUUAGAAGAGCAGAAACCACUUAUUUCUAAUGAAGUACAUGAAAAAAUUUCAAAUUUAAAAAAUGAUAAUAUGACAAUCGAAGAAAAUAAAGUUUCAAUGGAAAAUGUAUUAAACAUGACUGAAAAUAGUAUGGAGGAUGAGAAAUUGAAAGCUUCUGAUAUUACGAAACGUAAUAUAACUGGCUAUGAUUCUAGUUGUGACUCCGAGAGCUUUCCAUCUAACGAACAUAAAGGCAACCAUGACAUAGAAAAAGUUGAAUUGUUGAAUCAGUUAAGCAGUUCUAGUUUUUCUAAAGAGGAAAAUGAUAAAAAUUUGGAUCAAAAUGAUUUGGAUUCAAAAGAUUCAAGUUUUAAAAAUUUAAAGAUUCGUAAAACAAAAUCUGUGAAUGCUUUAAAUGAAAAGCCUAUAUGUAAAAUUUGUGGGAAACAAACUGCAAAGUACAAAAUGCGUCAACAUUUACGUUCACAUGAUAAUAGCCGAUUCCUAUAUCAAUCACGUUUAAAUGAACAUGUUGCACAACAUAUAAUAAAAUUAAGAAAAGAAACUGGAUUGGAGACGUCAUUAAUAGCCAAUGGGGAUAGUUUGCAAUGUUCAUUUGAAGAAAAAUAUGAUCCUUCUAAAAGAAAAAAAUUUAAACAAAAACAAAUUAUAAAAGCACAAAGAAAACCAAAAAAAGUAGUUUACAUAUCAAAGCCAAUCGAAAAAAUUAUUUGUGAUAUUUGUGGUAAAGAAACUCCUAAAACAAAUAUGAAACAACAUUUAAGAUCCCAUGACAGUUCACGUUAUACUCAUAAAUGUAACAUUUGUACAAAAUUAUUUAUAUCUGAAAAAAGUUUAAAUCUUCAUAUAAAAAAUUUACAUAUUAAAAAUCGACCUUUUGCAUGUACAUUUGAGCAUUGUGAAAAACGAUUUGUUAAUGAAAUUGCUUUAAAAUCACAUGCAAUUAGACAUACCAGUCCAAGACAAUAUAAAUGUGAAACAUGCAAUAAAUCAUUUAUUUAUCAACAUCGUUUGGAAGAACAUAUAAAAAUAUAUCAUGUAAAUGGACGUAUUUUUAAGUGUGAAACAUGUGAAAAAAGAUUUUUUGAUAAGCAUACGUUAGAGCGACAUCAAGUAGUUCAUAGUGCAGAAAAACCUUUUAUAUGUGAUGAAUGUCCAGCAAAAUUUAGUCGAGAACGUUCUUUACAAUGGCACAAAAAAUCACAUACUGGCAUAAAAGAUUAUAUUUGUAAAAUAUGUGGUAAAAAAUAUGCACUUUAUAAUGGAAUAUAUUCGCAUAUGAAAGUUCAUGGAAUUAAAUAUUCAAUGGCGUAUGAGAAAGGUCUAACAGAUGGAAAAAUAGAAAGUGAUGAGCAAGUGACUUAAAAUUAAAUAUUCUUAAGAAAAUUUAAAUUGUACUGUAUAAAUUGUAUAUGUACUUACUAUAAUUUAUCUCUAAUGCGAAAAGUAUUAUAGACAAUCACAUUUUAUUGCAUUUCAAUUAGUUAAUAAGUUUUGUUUAACUUCA